AUGGAUGGAGGACCUUUCUUAGUCAGUGUUGACGCCGUCCUUCAAGACGCAGCUGCCCUCCAAGCUUUUCGAGAAUGGAUCAGCUUAGAUUCUCCGAAAUCGGCAGACUGUCUCGCUCUUUACUUCGCCAUUAAGGGAUACAAAGCUUAUUUGAGCCGAAAGGAACCGAGCACGUCUAGUAUGGCGUGUACACUGCAUCGAAAAUUCAUAAGUCAACGCACUGGUACCUGCUCUUUUCUGCCGUCAUUGGUAAGAAGCGAGAUGUCCACACGAGUUCAUUCGCUCAACAGUCAGCAGUUGCCUUAUCCAGAGCUAUUCGAGCCAGUUCAGCCAGCACUUCGCAAGCACCUCAACGUUCUCCACUCUAAAUUCGUCGCAUCUCCUUAUUUUGCAGCGUUUCUGGCUCAACGUGGAAGUGAAGGAUCUUCAUCAGCAACUCCCGUGGAUGCGACUCAUCUGGCGACCUGUCCAUAUUUCCCUGAAACAUCAACUCGUGAAUCCAACAAGAAAAAUAAAAUCUACAAAACUCAUGCUUACUCGUGCAAUCCGUCAACUAGUCGAUAUGCUAAUGAAGCACGCCGUGAAAUCGAAGUUGAUCGAGAGCGACGUCUUUACAAACACCCAGAUGGCUCUACCCGACAUGAUCUUCCAGAAGCUCGUGAAGCUUUUGCCUCAGUGCUCACCGAGCGACUUGAGGUGAUUAUGAAGGAGUUAGAAAGAAGCGACGAAAAUACAUUCGCGCGUGAUCUGCCUCGAGAUCUGGCCGCCUGUUCCUUGCUCCCCUCACUUCACGACAAUCGAAUACUCGAGGACACUACCAGCGACGAAGAAGUGGAGAAAUACGUGUGCAAAAUCGAUGGCACACAAUCAAUUUCUCCCGUCCUGUCAAAUUUCCACCCGGCGAAGACGAAUCCUUACGAGAAUGGAUUUGCCCCACCUCCACAGGAGAUUCAACUAAGUGUUUUCGGUCUGCCAACAUCAUCCACUUUUCAGUUAUCGAAUAAAACCGGAACACCAUCAUUGCGCUUAACACUGGUGCUCAAGGAAAACGGACAGCCACCGAUGGUGGCGAAAAUCCCAUCAGAAAUCGUCACUCUUGCCAAAUUCCGUCGAACGUUCGGCGUUUCGAAUAAUGAAAAUAAAAGGUUCCUGUUCAAGAGCACAUGCGAGGACGACUCAGCACCGUUCCAAUGGAGUCUCGUCACCGAAGACGAAGCUGUGCUGCCGAUCUUCGACGGUAAAAUCACCGCCGAAUGUCGACACAUCAACGACUCGAACUAG